CAACAAUUGCUGAUGCUGAAUGUGCACAUCCAAAAGUACCUAGAAAUAUUAAAUAAUUAUUUAGAAAUGAUAGUUUGAUCGCUACAUUUAUUUUCUGUAGCUGUUAAUUCGAAGAUGUCAUGGAGGACGAAACUACCUCUUGUAAGAAAACGCCCACUUGGCAGAACUGUAUACAUUGCCCAAGUCUGGUAUUCGGUAGUGCCACGGAGUUCGAAAGGCAUAUUCAAGAUAAACACACAGUCAAAGAAGGAUCCAUUAUUCUGUGCCAAUAUGGUCAGAAUGGUAUUUGUUCAGCUUUGCAAUUUGGUGACUUGAGAAAAGCAGGAUUCAAGUAUCACGUGAGGGAAUAUCACUUGUAUUCUAAAAGCACUUCUGAAGAUUGGACAUUCUAUUCAUCAUCACAGAACCUUCCGGCAGUAUUGAAUGAUCCUAAUAGAGGUAAACAAAGUAAUUUUUUUACUAAAACAUGGGGUGACAAUUUUGUUGAUAAAGUAGAACUUUCUCCUAGUCCUUAUUUGCCUGAAAUUACUUUAUCACAUUUUGAACCAUAUUGCAAAAGAAUAACUAGAAGAUUACGAAGACAUUGUAGACUAAAAGAAAAUUUACCUGCUAAAACAAAGUUGCCAGUAGUUGAGGCUUUGUGUGAAGUUCCUGGUGUAUUUUUUGAGCAGUCCUUGCCACUGAAUGACCCCAACAUUUUUUAUAAAGUCUUUCCUAGCCUAAAGGACUCAGAAGAUUCAAGUGUUGCAAUCAGAUCUCUGCAAGAAACAUUGAGUACAUACCUUGAUGUUAUAGAAAUGAAAAUUUCUAAGCAAGUUGCACAAAAGUCUGAUGCAUUCUUUCACGCUAUGCUAUCCCAUGAUACUAUUAUGGAACAAAUGGCAAGAGCUGCAAAAACAGUGCAGGUAACACGACAAAAUAUUAAAAACGUUAAAGAAAACUUGACACUUUGUCCUUUAAAAUUAAUAAGCUUAACAAGGAUCAAUCACAAUCUUGGUAAUGUCCGUGAAUUAUUAAAGUUAAUGAGUACAGUUCAACAAACCCAACCAAUGAUUCAAUUACUUCUAAGUACUUCAGAUUAUGUGGCUGCCUUAGAUUUGAUCAGUUCCACCCAAAGAGUGCUGUCUAAUCAGUUGUCUGGGGUGCAAGCAUUUCGACAUCUAUCCCCACAAUUGACUGAAAUGAAGAGAUUGAUUCACAAAAUGCUUAGCAAUGAAUUUCAAAGAUACAUAGUAGCAGAUUUAAAUAGGAAUCAACAAGAACAUGAUUUGCCAGACAGAGACAAAAUAGUGUCGAUUAUAUCAGGGAUUUUACGCUUAAAAGAGUUCGAUUUCAUUGAUACUUUUAAGCUUGAAGCAAUUACAUCUAUACAGGCCACCGUAAAACAAUGUGUUAUUGAAAUAAUUUCUGUAAGAGAUGGCAAUACCGAAAUAGUUCUUCGUGGUUCAAAUGCUGAUAACACACAUUUGUUGUGUAAUGAAGGAAUUACAUUCCUUGAGAAGGCAUCUCCAAAAUUAAUAAAAUUGUUCAAAAGAAUUUUAUCCUUGAAUAAUUUGAUAUUAGAAAUAAGUCAAAUGGAUGAUGUAACCGGUAGUGAAAGUGAAGAAGCUUGGACAGCUGAAGAAUUACUAUUGGUAGAGGAAAAACUAAAGAAGUUAAUAGUAUCUCUAUCUGAUUAUUGUAAUGAACGCUGUGCUAAUUUGAUUGUCACUAAAAGUGAUAAAGACUAUGCCUUCUCUGAUUUAUCACAAUUAUCAAAAAUAUCAGAACUAAUUGACAAUUUUUCAAAUGAGUGUGAAAAAAUUACUGGUCAUUACAGUAAUGCAAUGAGGCUUGCACUAAGAAGCUUUGCUAUGAAAUAUAUACAAAUCCUACAUACUGAUAGGAGAUCUCAGCUCACCUCAACUCUUAAUGCUGAAAGGUGGAAAUCUGCUGAAGUUCCCUGUGAAUUACAAAAUAUAAUUGAUAAAAUAUGUGAAAAUUCUGAAAUUCCUUCAACACUUCUGUAUCAAAGUGGUAAACCUGAUGGAAAAUAUUUAAUAAUUAAUAAUGAAAGUUAUGCAGUUGUUGGUACUGUGCAACUACUAAUAAAAAUCUUACUGGAAUAUUGUGAAGCAACCAAGCAAUCCCCAGUUAUAGUCCAGUACAUAAUUCACUGUAUGAUAGAACUAAUACGACUAUUUAACUCGCGCUGUUGCCAGUUAGUACUGGGUGCUGGAGCAAUCCAAAGUGCAGGAUUAAAAACAAUAUCAACAUCGAAUUUAGCUUUAGUAUCUCGAUCACUCCAAGUCAUUUUAUGGCUUUUACCUCUUAUAAAAAAGCUUCUCGAAAAUCUUCAUUCUGCAGAACUAUCACUUCAUCUAACUGGAUUUAGUAACAUGGAAAGUGAUAUUGUUAGUCAUAAGAAUGAAAUAGAAAGUAAGAUUUGCCUCAUAGUAAGUAACAUGUUAAGCUCACAGUUGUCUGGAUGGGACGCAAAGCCACCUGUACCUUCACAAACAUUCCGCAACAUUUCCAAACAUCUAGUUAAAUUGCAUGAAGCAUUAAUUGAUAUAUUACCAAUUGAGCAAAUAAGGACCAUAUAUAAAAGAGUACAUGAAAACUUUAAAGACAAAUUAAGAGAACAACUGAUUAAGAUGAACAUAGUCGCUAAUGGAAGUCCACAACAUGGAGUUGUAACUUCAGAAUUAACUUUUUAUUUACAAACCCUCAAGACGCUACGAGUAAUAAACGAAAGUGAUGCAGAAGAUAAUAUAUUGUAUGAUAUUUGGUUAAAUUAAUUAAACUAAAAAUAUUUGUAUGUAUGUAUCUAUUAAUAUUAUUAUGAUAAUUAUUAUCCAGUGUAAAAUUGUUAAUCAUUCUGUAUCUAAAUGUACAAUGUUCUUAGAAAAUAUUUUGAUAAAUGAAAUAUCCUGUAUUGUGUAUUAUUAAUUUGUAUAAUUAUUUAAGAAAAAUCUAAAAUCUUGGUGAUUAUGGGAAUAAACAACUUAUAAAUUAUUGACCUAAACUUAGUUCAAUUCUAAUUAUCUUUCUUAAAUAAAAUAUUUUUAUAUGUAGUAGGUAUGUAGAGGUAAAUUUUUAAAUCUCAAAAAAAUAUUAAUUAAUAACAGCUUCUAUGAGAAAGAAGAGGUAGGUUAUCUAAUGUUUUUGAGUAGUGGAAAUAUCUUGCAGUAGCAAGUUAAUAAUUAAAAAAAAAACCCUAAUACCGGGUAAUUAUUAUUGACGGGAUAUUCUGUGAGUGACCAUGAAAGCUACUUGAUAAAAAAGGUUGAUUCUACUGCUUAAUACAUUUGAGAUGAGACAACUUUUCUCCCAAAAGACUGAAAUAAAAUUACCUUUCCAUACAAAUUAUUGAGUAUUAAUAAUUUUAUCAUCAGCAGUCAAUAGUCAUCUGUAUGGGGAUGUUAAUUUUUUUGGGAAUUUGAUGUAGGUCUUGUUGUAGGGAAAGUAGUUUCGCAAUUGGACAGUAGAAUCAACUCUUUUUGUUUGAUUGAGUAUAAAAAACAACCUGUAUCAUUUUCAAUAAUAACUCGGAAUUUUGUCAAUAAUUCUUUAUUCCUUAGUACUGUACUAUAAAAACAUAACAAUAUCUCAAAAACAGUAACGAUUUCUAUCUGCCUGGCGACGAUAGGGUGCAGUCAGCAGGCUUUUACACUUGAAGGAAGUGGCCGUCGCGGAUCUUCCGCCUGUACAAGUCAUUGCAUAAAAUAUAAAUGACUAAAACGGGCACACUACAUGAUGACCGGUCGCUCCGAUUUAUAAGCUCUAACUUGCUUUGCGGAAGAUCCGCGACGACCAUUUCCAUCAAGUGUAACAAACGCCUAAGUGAAGCGCGCCAAACCAAAAAUGUUUUACGUUACAGGAAUUUGCUUCGAUUUGGCGCGUUUCUGUAUUACGAUGUACUAAGAUGGUUAACUAACAAUACAUUUUAAUAAACGGGUCAUUCCACAAAAAUAUGUCAACUCUUAGUCCGCGCCACAUUUCACAUGGAAUAUUUGUUGAUAUUUUAUUCCAAAAUUGUUAAAUAACAGCUCGCAAUGUGUUUUAUUCAUCACCCAUUUAUAUUUUUUAAAACUAUUUUUCAAACAUCUUAAAUUCCUUUUAAAUGACCCAAAUCGUCAGUCCCUAGCUUUAAACGGCGCUAGGGACUAAGUUACUAGUUAAAGAAUGACAUUUUUUAUAUAGUGAUAAUAACAAAACAACUACAUGAAGUAUAUUAACUUAUCUAUAAAUGUUAAGGUUAUAAGUUUUAUACUUUAUUAAAAGUCAUAUAGGAGUAUGAAAAAAUUGAAAAUUAUAAUUUUACCUAAAAUAAAGCAUAAAGUGACUGGCCUUUUUAGACAUAACAUAAUUAAUAAAUAAACUAUAAUUUACAC